AGAUUGUUUUUACUCAGUACUUGCCCUAAUCUGUAUGUUAUAACCGUACAACUUAGAAGCUUUGUGUCAUGAAUUGUUUUUAUUUUAUGAAGAAUAAUUUUUCUAUCAUCUUAAAACAAUCAGAAGUUGUCAUUGUUUUUAAAAUUUAUGCGAGGCAACCGUUCCCAUUAUAGUCAACAUUGAUUAUCACAUUGCGAGAUAAUAACAAAUUUGUGUCGAUUAUCGAGUCAGUGAUCAGAUGGAUUACCCUACAGUUUGCUUAGAAGAUAGGGAAAAAAGAAAUCAUCGGAUGGUUUCUUUGAUGCUGGGCGUACGAGAUAUAACUGUCUGUUCACCCGAUGAAACAACGGAUAAAAAUAGGGACGACCCGCCGAGCAUACCCAUUUUUCGUCUAACUUAUGAACAAUUUGGAGUGCAGAAAAACUGGGAAUUCGUUGAUGGAAAAGAUAGCUUUGCCACUAUUGUCUUCAAUACUGAUCGCCACACACUCGUAUUUCUUCGUCAGUUUUGUCCGCUGACUUAUUAUGCAUUUAUACCUAAAAUGUUAGGGCGAGUUAAUACCAAUAAAUAUCCACCUACAUUAGGAAUUACUAUUGAACUAUGUGGCGAUUUGUUAUUACCAAAUGAACCUUUAUUGGAAAUGGCUCGAACUGAGCUUAAGAGAGAUGCUGGAUAUGACGCUCCUAUCAAAAACUUCGAAAUAGUACAAAGUUACAGGUGUGUAACGGAUGCUCCUGCUACACAAACAUUACUCUACGUUGAAGUAACGAAUGAUAUGUUCGUUCCGAAAGAAGAACUAUUAGAAAACCAUAUCGAAAUCUUUGAAAUGAACUUAGAAAAAACGAAAAAUUAUAUAUCUAAUAUUGGAGUUAAUAGUACAUCAAGUUUGGUACACGCAGUGUUGUGGUUUUUGACUAACAAACAAGAUCGUUAUUGUUAAAACAGAUUUAAGUUUAGAUUAUAUUUACACUUUAACUUAAUAUUUACAUCAAGUAGCCAAGCUGGCAAACACACGAUAACACUUUUGUGCUACAUAAGAUUGAGA